AUGCAGAGAGUUUUGUCAGCUGAACGUAAAGAACGCCUAGCAGUGAGUCAUCCCGGAUUCCACACGAGAGGUCCUGAAACGUCGACUCUUGAGAUACGGACGCGAUCUUGGAUAUCUCCACAAAGGGGCAAGAUCUUUCUCGUGACGCAGUUGGUGUCUACUUUCUCGAGCUCAUGCGUCGUCCUGUGCACAGGAAAUGCUACUGGUUACAUUACAUGCAAGAGGACAUCAAAGAGUUCGUAUAAACGAAUCACAGGGAAGAUCGCUAGCACUUAA